CGCCGCCCCCGGCCGGGUCUCCACUUCUUAGCCGCACCUCCCAUGACAGCGCCCGCGCGAAGAUGGCUGCGAAGGGCUCACACGGCUCCCACCUGAAGGUAGAGAGCGAGCUGGAGCGCUGCCGCGCCGAGGGCCUCUGGGACCGCAUGCCCCAGCUGGUCCGGCAGAUGAGGGCGCUGGUCCUGCCCAGUGGUGGAGGCAGCCGGAGAGCCAUCUCGAGCGCCUUAUUCACCCCUCCGGACACCGAUGACUUUGGAAAAUUGCUCCUGGCUGAGUCCCUCCUGGAGCAGUGUUUGAAGGAGAAUAAUGCCAAGAUAAAAGACUCCAUCCCUUUGCUGGAAAAAAAUGAGCCAAAGAUGAAUGAAGCCAAAAACUAUCUGAGUAGUAUCCUCAACCAUGGGAAGCUGUCGUCAAGGUACAUGUGUGAGGCCAUGCUGAUCCUGGGCAAGCUGCACUACGUGGAGGGCUCCUACCGGGAUGCCAUCAGCAUGUAUGCGCGGGCCGGGAUCGAUGACAUGUCCAUGGAGAACAAGCCCCUGUAUCAGAUGCGGCUGCUGGCAGAGGCCUUUGUCAUCAAAGGCCUCUCCCUGGAACGCCUCCCCAACUCCAUCGCUUCCCGCCACCGCAUGACUGAGCGGGAAGAGGAAGUCAUCACCUGCUUCGAGAGGGCCUCCUGGAUCGCGCAGGUGUUCCUGCAGGAAUUGGAGAAGGUCACUAACAACAACACAUCGAGGCACCUGAAAGGCUCCCACCCCGUUGACUAUGAGCUCACCUACUUCCUGGAAGCUGCCCUGCAGAGCGCUUACGUGACAAACCUGAAGAAGGGGAACAUCGUGAAAGGCAUGAGAGAGCUCCGGGAGGUCCUACGGACUGUGGAGACCAAAGCAACUCAGAACUUCAAAGUGGUGGCGGCCAAGCACCUGGCGGGGGUCCUGCUGCACUCCCUGAGUGAGGAGUGCUACUGGAGCCCCCUGUCCCAGCCUCUGCCCGAGUUCAUGAAUAAAGAAGAGAAUUCCUUCAUCAUGCAAGCCCUGCGCAAGCCUCACCUCUACGAAGGAGACAACCUCUACUGCCCAAAGGACAACAUCGAGGAAGCCCUCCUGUUGCUCCUCAUCAGCGAGUCCAUGGCUACUCGGGAUGUGGUGCUGAGCAGGGCGCCAGAGCAGGAGGAGGACCGGGCGGUGAGCCUGAGGAAUGCGGCGGCCAUCUACGACCUCCUGAGCAUCACGCUGGGCAGGAGGGGACAGUACGUCAUGCUCUCAGAGUGCCUGGAGCGAGCCAUGAAGUUUGCAUGUGGAGAAUUUCACCUUUGGUACCAAGUGGCCCUCUCCAUGGUGGCGUGUGGAAAGUCGGCCUACGCUGUGUCGCUGCUACGGGAGUGUGUGAAGCUGCGGCCCUCGGACCCCACCGUGCCCCUGAUGGCCGCCAAAGUCUGCAUCGGGCCCCUGCACUGGCUGGAGGAGGCAGAGUGCUUUGCCACGAUGGUGAUCGACCGUGGGGAGGAAGCUGGGGAGUUCCUCUCCAAGGCCUACCUGGCGCUGGGUCUCACCUACAGCCUGCAGGCCACUGACGCAACUCUGAAAUGCAGGCAGGAUGAGUUGCACCGGAAAGCACUGCAGACGCUGGAGAGAGCCCAGCAGCUGGCGCCUGGCGACCCCCAGGUCAUCCUCUAUGUCUCCCUGCAGCUGGCCCUCGUCCGACAGAUCUCCAGCGCUAUGGAGCAGCUGCAGGAGGCCCUGAAAUUGUGCAGGGAUGAUGCCAAUGCCCUCCACCUGCUGGCUCUCCUCUUCUCCGCCCAGAAACACUACCAGCUCGCCCUGGAUGUCAUCAACAUGGCCAUCACGGAGUACCCCGAGAACUUCAACCUGCUGUUCACCAAGGUGAAGCUGGAGCAGGUACUGAAAGGCCCAGAGGAAGCCCUCGUGACCUGCAGACAAAUGCUGCGACUGUGGCAGGCCCUGUACAACUUCUCCCAGCUGGGAGGCCUGGAAAAGGAUGGCAGCCUCGGCGAGGGCGUCAUGCUGAAGAAGCAGAGUGGCAUGCACCUGACUCUGCCGGAUGCCCAUGACGCAGACUCCGGCUCUCGGCGGGCAUCGUCCAUCGCAGCCUCGCGGCUAGAGGAGGCCAUGUCGGAGCUGACCAUGCCCAGCUCUGUUUUGAAACAGGGCCCCAUGCAGCUGUGGACCACGCUGGAACAGAUCUGGCUCCAGGCUGCUGAGCUGUUCAUGGAGCAACAGCACCUCAAGGAAGCCGGUUUCUGCAUCCAGGAGGCAGCGGGCCUCUUCCCCACCUCGCACUCGGUACUCUACAUGCGGGGCCGGCUGGCCGAGAUGAAGGGCAGCUUGGAGGAGGCCAAGCAGCUGUACAAGGAGGCGCUCACGGUGAACCCCGAUGGCGUUCGCAUCAUGCACAGCCUGGGUCUGAUGCUGAGUCGGCUGGGCCACAAGUCCCUGGCCCAGAAGGUGCUGCGGGACGCCGUGGAAAGGCAGAGCACCUGUCACGAGGCAUGGCAGGGCCUGGGCGAAGUGCUGCAGGCCCAGGGCCAGAGCGAGGCCGCCAUCGACUGCUUCCUCACCGCCCUGGAGCUGGAGGCCAGCAGCCCAGUGCUGCCCUUCUCCAUCAUCCCAAGAGAGCUCUGACACCCCCGCAGCAGCAGGGAGGGAGGGGCUUCCCCGUUCGGGCGGGGGGGCAGGCAGGAAGCAGGGAGCAUGGGUUGGGGAAGGAAUAGAACCUCAGGGAAAUACAUCUCUAGGGAACACUUCUGCAAGCUGCAGCCCUAGUUCUCCUCGCCUCCCCCACCCCACCCUGCAUUCCUUCCUGGACCAGCUGGGUCUGAGAGCUGCUCAUCGAGCUGGGUGGACCAGAUUUGCAUCAAAAGCAAAUUCCUUGCUCUUUGGGACUCAGACAUUGUGGCAUUUAUGAGCAAGGAAGUAGCUGGGAGGCCACAUCAACAUGGUAUGGGGGCCCCUCCCCAGAGUAUCUGUGCAGCAUCUAAAUAUGUAGUCGGGUCUGUGUGGCUUGGUUACCUCCCCACCUGGAAACCCCUAUCCCAUACAUGCCACCCUCUCUCAACAUCCCUGACCCUUGAUUCCCGGCUUUGCACCCGGCUCGAACCUCAGCUCUCUGCUCUCCAGCACCAAAGACGAACCCUGCAAGCUGCCCUCUGGCUGGGCCAAGGGUUUUCCUGGCUUCCUUCCGUGGCGCCUCGGGAGAGUCAUGGUGACUGGAGUUGCUCCUUGAGAGCCUCACAGCUGUCCUUCAUCCCCUGUGCCUGUGUGCCUUGGGGAGCCCGCAGCCCUGGUCCCAUGCCCCAGUCUCAGGACAGGGUUUUGGAUCACUCUCAGGUCUUGCCCAGAGCAGUCACAGCUUGACUCCACUGGCAAGUGGGAAGAAGAUGGACCACUGGGUUCCUCUCCCAGGCUGAGUUAGUGGAUAAUGCCUGGCAUUGACCUUUGCCUGACGAAGCCAGUUGGGAUCCACUGUGCACCCCUCUGCUGCCAGGUGACCUUGUGGCCAGCGACACAGCACUGGCCUUAACUAACCUUCCAUUUCCAUCCAUCUCCAUCUUCCUGGAAACACCCCAGGUGAAGCAGCCUGCUUAGACCCCAGGCCACAGCCCCAGGAUGGGCCUCAGGACAGAAACGUGGCUGCUGGACCCAGCCCUUUCUAGUAGCUUAUGUCAGCACAUACCUUCAAGCCUUACCUUUCUGGGCAAUCGGUACAAUGCACGUCAUUCUGGAGAUGGGAGUCUCUAGGACUGUCCCCAGCUCAUCUCACCACCCACAACCCAUUCCUCAGGCUUUCUUGGGCAACCCAAGCCCCACCCUGGCCAUUUGGUUGUCUCUGCCCGGCACCUCCGAACUGGUUGAACAGGCCUCUGGAUACUAGACACCUGUGUCUGCAGGGGUCCUGGGUGCUGGUGGUGGGUGUCGUUCCUGCUGUUCCCCUAGCCUGCUGCAAGAUGCUCCUGGGAUUCCCCCCAAGAAUUUGCCCCCUUCCCACACAGGCCUAUCAGGAGCAUUCUUUUUUUAUCAGCACUUUGGGUUUUAGUUUUAAAGCUCUAGGUACAUCUCUCAUUUUAAGAUGUGUGGAAAGGCCAGGCAAGGACUGCCCGGGUCUGUCAUAGCCCAGUCUCUCUGUGGGAGGCCCACCCUCCUCGCUACACUGGCUCAGCACUGCACCCCCGGGUGCUUCCCAGGGAGAGCCUGCGCCUCCUGGCCUCCGUCAGGUGAGCAACGCUGCGGAGAGCAGCAGGUCCUCUGCCACUUGGUUGAAGGAUCUCAAUAUAUGUAAGUGUGUGUAUAAAUAUAUAUAUAUAUAUGAUAGAGCUCUAUUUUUAUUCUGGAAUUCUGUUAGAAAAAAAAUAAGGAAACAGGACAAAGCAAAUACCAUUGAAUUGCCUUGGGGGCCCCAAAGAUGUUGGUAGUCAGUUCUCGGUAAUAAGAAAGGCACCAAAUGCAUUUUGAUUGUAUGCCCUCAGAGGAGGUCUUAGCGGGCUGGGCCAAGUUGCUGACAGUUUGCUGAUUGAAUAAAGAGAUCCCUGAAUGGGGAAGCAGGUU